UCAGUCCGGAGUCUGAAAUUUUGAAGGGGAAGAAGCAGUGGCGUAAAGGCAAGAGAGACAAGGCCGAGUCGACCACGCCGCGCGCCCGUCUUCCCAAAACUUCAGCGAGCAGCGAGUCUUUGUUAUUAGAUUAAUUUUCGCGUCGUCGGACCACGCCGCCGCGGGGGAUCUACUGGCGGGUGGCGAGGAGCGAGGGCAGGUGGGGCGCCGCGGAGAUGUCGGACGCGCUGAUUAACGGCGUCGCCGGCGCCGGCGGCGGGAUCAUCGCCCAGCUCAUCACCUACCCGCUCCAGACCGUGAACGCGCGGCAGCAGACGGAGCGCGACCCCUCCAAGCCGGCGUUCAAGGAUGGCGCCGUCCGCCAGAUGUGCCUGGUGGUGAAGCACGAGGGGUGGGAGCGUCUGUACGGCGGCCUCAUGCCGUCGCUUGUCGGCACCGCGGCCUCGCAGGGUGUCUACUACUACUUCUACCAGAUUUUCCGGAGUAGGGCGGAGGCCGCUGCCCUCCAGCGAUCCAGGAGAGGCGUCGGCGAUGGAUCCGUCGGGAUGCUCCAAUCUCUCACUGUCGCUGCUCUUUCUGGAUGUGUUAAUGUACUUCUCACAAACCCAAUUUGGGUUAUUGUUACACGAAUGCAAACUCACCGGAAGGCGAGCAAACAGCAAAGUCCCCUGGAUUUGACAUGUGUUCUUGACAAGACCAUAGAAGCUGAUCCUUCAAAAAAAAAGACCAUAGAAGCUCCAGCAGUUGAAAACAUCCCUCACAAGACUAUCCAUGCUAUUCAGGAUCUUUACAAAGAAGCUGGUCCUUUUGGCUUCUGGAAAGGGGUAGUCCCAGCGCUUAUUAUGGUUAGCAAUCCUGCAAUCCAGUUCAUGUUGUACGAGACUCUUUUGAAGAAAUUGAAAAAGAGACGAGCCUCUAAUCUGAAGGGAGCUGAUGGACUGACUGCUCUUGAAAUUUUUCUUCUUGGUGCUGUUGCAAAACUUGGUGCCACUGUUGUUACAUAUCCUCUUCUAGUUGUGAAGGCAAGACUUCAGGCUAAGCAAAUAAUUGACGAUGAUAAGAGACAUCGCUACAAAGGCACAUUAGAUGCGAUCACAAAGAUGAUACGUUAUGAAGGUCUGUCAGGACUUUACAAGGGAAUGAGCACAAAAAUUGUGCAAAGUGUUUUUGCGUCUGCUCUCCUUUUUAUGAUUAAGGAGGAACUGGUGAAGGGUGCUCGAUUGUUGGUAACCGGUAACACUAGUCUGGUUAAGAAGUUACCAUCAAAGUCAUUAAGAUGAUCUAGUAUUUGUAUGAGAGUUGGUUGCCUCAUAAAACCGAAUAUUUCCACAAAAGCGAUGGGCAGAGUUGACAAGAGCCUCUUUUAGGAGAUAUUAAGUUAUCUGUUAUCGACCGUAGGUUCUCCAAAAAAGGAGAUUAAAGAUGUAGUCUAUACAAUUACCACUAUGAUUCCUGUAGGAACCAAUAAUGGUGCUACAUGUUGGGUAGGCUAUAUAUAUCCGUGUUGCUUAUGUAAAGUAUAGUAUGGAACAUUGAGAUAUUGGAAAAUAAGUUGCAAUGAAAUCGUAUGCACCAGUCAUG